GCUUGAACCAGGGAUUUCAAAUUUCACCACUGACCACUGGAAGUUUGGUCAUGGUGCUCCAUGUAUAAUCUGAGAUACCAUCCUACGAUCUACAUGCAUGUAAUAUGAGACAUGGGACAAAAUUCACUCUCUGACAACCUAAAGCAAUUGUUUGGGGGCGGGGGAGGAAAGACUACUGAAGUCUGAAGAGCUUUAGUGAAUGGCCUCAGUGUGUAGCAGCCUGGCUGCCACGAACGUUGCCUGCCUUCUAUUUGGAUGGCUUAGUUAGUUCUUUUUUGUCACAGUUUAAAAGCAAUAGGUAGUGGUGAUUUUUAUUUGAAAUAGCGACCAUUUUGCUAUUCUCUCCCUCUCUGCAGUUGACGGGUUUGAGCGAUGUUCGCGCGGCGGCUGGGCCUGCUGUCGGCCGCGCUGCCCCGGCGGCGCUGUCUGCACACGGCCUGCUCCCAGGCGCCGCUGGCCGGUGUCACCGUGGUGGACCUGACGCGUGUGCUGGCCGGCCCAUUCUGCACCAUGCUGCUGGCCGACCUGGGCGCUGACGUCAUCAAGGUGGAGCUGCCCGGCCGCGGGGACGACACGCGCACCUGGGGACCGCCGUUCGUCGGCGACCAGAGCUGCUACUUCGUCUCCGUCAACCGCAGCAAGCGCAGCGUGGCCGUCAACCUGCGUACCGCAGAGGGCCAGAACAUUGUCCGCCAGCUGGCGAAAAAGGCGGACGUCUUUGUCGAGAACUUCCUGCCGGGGAAGAUGAAGGAGUUGGGGCUCGAUUAUCCCCGGCUGCGCGCGUUGAAUGACACGCUGGUGUACUGUUCCAUCUCGGGUUACGGCGAGGACGGUCCUUACGUCUCGCGGCCCGGCUACGACGUGAUCGCUGCCUCGCUGGGAGGUCUACUGCACAUCACCGGUGCCGAGGGCGGCGAGCCGAGCAAGGUGGGCGUGGCGAUGACCGACCUGGCCACCGGCCUGUACGCCCACGGCGCCAUCAUGGCCGCGCUCCUGCAGCGCUACAAGGACGGCGAGGGCCAGCACGUGCGCUGCGACCUGCUCUCCUCGCAAGUGUCCUGUCUGGUCAACGUGGCCUCCAACUACCUGAACGGCGGCCAGGAGGCGCGUCGGCUCGGCACCGCCCACGAGAGCAUCGUUCCCUACCAGAUGUUCCAUACGCGCGACGGCCGCAUCACCCUGGGCGCCGGCAACGACGCCCAGUUCGCCGACCUGUGUGUGCGCCUGUCGCUGCCGCGCCUCCUCGAGGACGAGCGGUUCGCCACGAACGCGCUGCGUGUGGAGCACCGCGCCGAGUUGGUGCCAGUGCUGGAGGCGCGCCUCUCGGAGAGCACCACGGCAGAGUGGCUGGAGACGCUGGAGGGUGCCGGCUUCCCCUACGGCCCGGUCAACAACAUGGAACAGGUGUUCAGCGACCCGCAGGUGCUGCACAACGGUCUGGUGGAGGAGGUCGAACACCCGACAGCCGGCCGACUGCGGCUGGUCGGCCCGGCCGUCCGCUACAGUAAAUCAGAGAACAAGGUGCGCUCCGCGCCGCCGCUGCUCGGUGAGCACACGGACGACGUACUGCGACAGUUCAUGUCCCUCGACGACCGGCGGCUGGACGAGCUGCGCCAGCGGGGCGUCAUCCAGUGACGACGGUGUCUAGUGAAGUUCAGUGGCCAUGUCUUCCCCACGCCGAAGCCCGAGGGCCUCCAGCGGGAACCGACUGGCCUCCAAACGACAGAGGGUGGACGAGCUUCAGA